AACCAGGCCAGUGUUCACAUCCAAUCAAGACCUCAACAUCCAUCUCACUCCAUUGGCGGCUGUUUAAUCAAACAACUAUGCUACUCGCUAAUCCAGACCUCACAACACCCCCACAGCAUCACCCGAAAAAGCCACUCGAAAAGCGUAAAGUCCCACAAACAGGCCUCCAAAACAACAACCCUACACCAAGCGAAACACCUUCCAAAACAAUCCCAAAACGCAGAUCCCUCGUAAAGUUUUGCCCUUCCCUUUCGCCAUCCUCGGCUCCAAAAAAAAGCGAAACCGAGCCAUCACCCUACAACCAGGAACCCCAGCAAAAAAGACCCCACCCCACUCCCUCCACCACUUACCACCACCGCACGCGCUCCACGUGUCUAGCCCCAAUACCCAGGACCCCGGAACCCGUUUUCCCGCCAAAGCGCCCACACACGCAGGUCAGCCUGCACUGCCCAGAUCCGGCGCUUAGGCGCGUAAUCUGUUCGUAGCAAAAAAGGGUCUGAGAGAGAGAGACACACAGCCUCGCGCCCCUCCCUCCAUGCAUCACAACAUGUGUUUUCCGACCCCCCCCCC